AUGAGGUAAAGCUAGAUUUUGGGUCCUUGACCAAACAAACCCCAUUAAAGAUCUUAAGAGCUGCUUCCCAGAUUUUAAUCAAAGAGACAAAAUUAAAUUAUCACAAUAAGUUAAAGAAAACCAUAAUGAGAGUUGGCAAUGUCAGUUGCUCACUAAGCAUAAUUAAACACUAAAAUAAGCGAAAUGUAGUUUAAAAGAAGAAAAAGGUAAUCGGAAGUAAUAAAUGCAAAGUGAGCAAAGAAAUAGUAGAAAGGAGGAGUUUAUAAUAAUUUUACGGUGGCAGUGGCGGUGGUUAAUCAUCAAAGCUCUCUUUUUGAUGCUUUUUGAUGCAAGCGUGGGUAUAAAUCUAGCGCCUUUGCCCUUCUAUUCUGUUUUCUUCACUCUCCCUUCAAUUACACGGAUAUCUAUCUUCAAGUUUCUGUCCGUGUAGCUAAAUUUUUUCUCUGUAUCUCUUGUUGUGUAUAUGUAUGUGUGUUUAGGGGUGUGUGUUUGUGUGUGUGGGGGGGUGGUUGGCAGUGUGUAGCAGAGUGUGGAAGCGAAAAAAGCACAGGAGGGAUUUGAACAGAAUAGAGACGAAAAAUUCAACAAAGUUCUGUUUUUGAGUGGAAAAAGGCUUGAAAGAAGAGCAGGAGUACCAAAAGUAGCACAGAAUCUGAAAUGGAAUUCUAUAGACUGUUACUGAUAGCUCAAACACAAUUGUGAGAGGAGGAAUCUACUGUUGGCUACUUUUACUAUUCUUGUGAAGAAGAGAUGGAAAUGGGUGACAAGGAUAAAUUUGAGCUAGAGAAGAGGAGUGAUAAUCAUAUAAACUAUCAUUCACCUGAUAGUAUGCCAUCAGACUGGCGAUAUAGCAGUGCCAAUGUCGCAAAUUCAUCUCUGGGUUUGGUUUCCACUGAUAAUCAAAUGCCAGUUUGCAGAGGAGAUCUAGUUGGCGUUUCUUCUUGCUCUUCUGCUUCUAUGGUGGACUCUUUUAGUCCAGGACAGUGGGACCACCCCACAAAUUCACAGAACUUGGGAUUUUGUGACAUUAGUGUCCAGAAUAACGCAAGCACUUCAAACCCAAUGGGAAUUAGAAAAGGCGGUCCUGCUUCUUUGAGGACUGGUCUUGAUAAAACGCUGGAUAUAGGGUGGAAUCCACCAAGCUCCAUGCUUAAAGGUGGCAUUUUCUUACCUACUGCCCCUGGGGUGCUCCCACAGAGCUUAUCUCAGUUUCCUGAAGAUUCUGCAUUCAUUGAGCGUGCUGCUAGGUUUUCCUACUUCAAUGGUGGCAAUUUUAGUGAUAUGGUGAACCCUUUUGGAAUUCCUGAGUCUAUGGAUCUUUAUUCUAAGGGUGGGGGAAUGAUGCAAGGACCACAAGAAGUUUUUCCAGGUAGUGGGUUGAAAUCCUUAUCUGUCGUACAAGGUCAGAAGAAUGUUAUGAAUAUGGGCGACUCCUCUAGAGAUACUUCUUUGUCAGUUGAACAUGUGGCUAUUGAAGGGAGCCCACUGAAGAAUGAGAAAAAAAAUGGGAGCCUUGUAAGAUCUCAUGAUGAAGCAAAACAAGGCGUUGGUGGGUCUGGUAAUGAGUCGGAGGAAGCUGAGUUCAGUGGUGGUGGUCGUCAAGAUAAGCCAUCUAAGUUGGAAGGAAAUGGUGGGGAACUGUCUGCUAAGAGCCCAGCCUCAAAGAAAAGGAAAAGGAAUGGGCAGGAUGCUGACCUUGAUCAGGCCAAGGGAACCCAACAAUCUGUUGAAGCUGCAAAGGAUAACCCUGAAGUUCAACAGAAAGGAGAUGAAAACCCAACUUCAACUCCUAUUAAGGCUACUGGAAAACAAUGUAAACUAGGAUCUCAAGCUUCAGAUCCACCAAAAGAAGAAUAUAUUCAUGUCAGAGCUCGAAGAGGUCAAGCAACAAAUAGUCAUAGUCUUGCAGAGAGAGUUAGAAGGGAAAAGAUAAGUGAAAGGAUGAAGUUUCUGCAAGACCUUGUACCUGGUUGCAGCAAGGUUACGGGCAAGGCAGUUAUGCUAGAUGAAAUUAUCAACUAUGUGCAAUCAUUGCAACGGCAGGUUGAGUUUCUAUCAAUGAAACUAGCAACAGUGAAUCCAAGGCUGGAUUUCAACACGGAAGGGUUGCUUGCAAAAGAUAUCCUGCAUUCAAGGGCGGUUUCAUCAUCUACUCUGGCAUUUUCAGCAGAGGUGCCCAUGGUUUAUCCCCCAUUUAAUGCAUCUCAACCAGGAUUUAUUCAAGCUUCUUUUCCUGGCAUGGAGAGCCAUUCUGAUAUGCUCCGGAGAGCCAUUAAUUCCCAACUGACACCAAUGACUGGAGGAUUCAAGGAGACUACUCAGCUACCGAAUGCAUGGGAUGAUGAGCUCCACAAUGUUGUCCAGAUGGGCUAUGUAACUUGUGCUCCACAAGAUAGCCAAGAUAUAAAUGGAUCACUGCCACCAGGCCAUAUGAAAGCUGAACUUUAAUUAUUCACUUUGCUUUUAUGUGACAAAAGUAUGGUUGCACCACUAAUUUUGAGGAUAAAAAGCAUGGGAGACGAGAUUCUCCUCAAAAGUACAGAGGCUGAUAAAGAGAGAUGCUUCUAAGCCCAGCUUCAAAGGUUUGAGGGUCAGUUGCAUGUCCAAAGCAAGAAGGUUUUGAUGACUUAAGAUGGUCAGUUGCAUAAUCUAAGCAGGGAAAUGGCCUUCUUUCAUGAUGAUUCUUGUUCUAUUUGAUACCAUAUUUGAUCUCCAUGCUUCUAUCAUAUGGGCUUUAAAUUAUUAGACUCCCAGGAAAGUGGAAAAAGGCUGUGUCAUGGAAUAGGAUGCUCUGUUGCAAGAAUGUAAUGUAUAGAUUGAUACUACAAGGAUCUGAUGAAUAUAGGUUAAUAGAGAAGCUCACGUAUUGAUCUGAAAUUAAAUGGGCUCAGUAAUUUGUAAAACGAUGGAAACCAUGGUGGUAUUCUGAUCAUAUAUGUUUCAAUUACGUAUAUAUGUACUUACAUGAAAGGAUUCAUCCAGUUUGAUUUACGUUAGAUUAUGGAGCAGUUAUUUAUU